UUAUUCAUCGAUAUAAAUAAUAUAUCGACAAAACUGCAUUCAUAAAUUUGCAUAAAAACGAUCCCUACCAAAAACUCCAAACAUUGCAAAAUUUCUCGAUCAUUUGUCCGCGUGAACAGCUGAACGAAUUUCGUUACCCAUCAAAGAAGAAGAAGAUGGAAGAGAGAAGGAUAAAAACGCACAAUUUGUUUCGGAAAUUCGAGAAGCAUCGAUACCACACGAUACACCAGAUUCCAAGAUAGAAAAUAACCUGUUCUUGCCACUAAGGGUGACUAAGCGCUGGACCAUCCUGUGUUCUCACGGUGUCGUGGACCAAUGGUCAUUCUCCGUGCACCGGAGAAAUAAAGAAACGAGUCUCCACGUGGUGGGGAAUGUUUAGAAUUUGAAAAAGAAAAUUCCACUUCUUAAUUGUUCGCGUUUAACAGCAAAGAACUGGUUUCGCGUAUUUCAAGAGACGAAAAUCUGGGUUUGUCGGUCAGUAUCGGGGAUGCUGCGGUCCAUGCAGCAUCCCUUCGUCUCGUAAAGUAAUUUUUCACGAUCCAAUAAUAGUUCUCGACCGUCGUGCUCCAAAGUAUCCCUCUCGGCCCGUAAAAUAAUUUUAUUGCGUCUCGAUGUGCCUCGCGUUAAAAAUUAGUCGUUUCUCAAAUGUGUUCGGUCGUAAAACAACGUAUAAUAAAAUUUUACGGCUCUGUUCGUUUUUCGUGGAAAAAUAGUGGCUUCCAUGAUCGGUCCACGUCUUCGUUCUUGUAUCGGCACAACGCGAGCGGAGAACAGAGGAGGCCGGAUAAUAGCGACGGAGGAACCGGAAAGCAUAAACCCGCGCAAAAGUGGGAGCCACUUCAAGCGUUUUCUGCGGCCCAACCCUUCCGAAAAUUAUCCACGACGACCUGGCCAGACACGUCCUACCUUAACACGGGACGAGGAGCAUUCUUUGUCGAUAUUAUCCUCUUGAAAAAAUUUUGUCAGGUCAAGAAGAUGGAUCUGUAAAGAGAGAUAAGAGCGUUAAGAGGAGGGACGAUAAAACGUUUCUUCAGUUUCGAUAAUGGAAAGAAGAUUUUCUUUAAGGGAUACGGAAAUUAUAGUGACGAGUAAAAUAAGAUAAUUCGCGUUCCACUGGAUAUUCAUCGUCGAUGUUAUCUGCUUUUGAAAAUGUUUCGAUCGAGCUAAGAAUACGAAGGAGAAAUGUAAGAAAGAAAAGAAGUGAUGACAAAAUUUGUCUUCCAUUUUAAUAGGAAAAAUAUUUUAGUUUAAAAAAAAAAAAGAAAAAACUGAAUUGUAAUAGAAAGAAAAUAAUAUAUCUCGUGUCUCGUCAGCGUAAAACCUCGUACAAAAUUCAAAAAAGAAAAAUAGAGAAGAUAUGCAAGUAAAUAGAAAGGGGAGCAAAAGCUUUUAAAUUGUGGAUAAAACUGGAAAAUGAUAAAAUUCAAAAAGAUUGAAAGAGACACGUGUUACAUCGUUGCAGUUUUUAUAAAAAAAUAAGAAAAAUUAC